UUUGCCGGCGGCGGAGGAGGCGGGGGUGGAGGCGGCGUCGGCGUAGGCAAGCGAAAGCGGAGGAGAAGGGGGAGGAGAAGAAGAAGAGGUGAGCCGCGAAGCGUAAGCACGGAACCGAUCGCGGCGAGGAGCACCGACCGAUGAGCGCGGGGGGGGAUGGGGGCUCAUUGUUGGGCCCCCCUGGGCUGUCGGAGGCCCAGCCGACCGCCGUGACCCCCCCCAUUCUUGGGCAGCACCGGAACUCGCAACCUGCCCAGGACGGACAGCUGGCCAACGCGCAGUCGCAGACGGGCCAAAACCAGGGGACCAGCCAAGCUGCCGCCAAGUCCGCUCCGAAGAGGCCGGCGAGGAGGGGCGGCAAACCACCGCCGGACAGGCCCGUCAGGGCCCUUUUCUGUCUGCCCCUCAAGAAUCCCGUGCGCAAGAUGUGCAUCGACGUCGUCGAGUGGAAACCUUUCGAGUGGCUUAUUCUAAUGACGAUAUUCGCGAAUUGCGUCGCCCUGGCAGUCUACACUCCGUACCCGUUCGGCGAUUCAAAUCUGACCAACCAGUAUUUGGAAAAAAUAGAGUAUAUAUUUCUUGUGAUUUUUACGGUCGAAUGCGUAAUGAAGAUCAUCGCCUACGGCUUCGUGGCUCAUCCUGGUGCUUAUCUCCGGAACGGAUGGAACAUUCUAGAUUUCUCGAUAGUAGUGAUAGGAAUGGUGAGCACGGUGUUGGCGAUGCUCAUGAAGGAAGGCUUCGACGUGAAAGCGUUAAGAGCUUUCCGAGUGUUGCGACCUCUCAGGCUGGUCUCCGGAGUGCCAAGUCUUCAAGUGGUCCUAAACUCUAUUCUGAGAGCGAUGAUACCCCUACUACAUAUCGCUCUGCUGGUCCUGUUCGUCAUCAUUAUUUACGCUAUCAUCGGCCUCGAGCUGUUCUCCGGGAAAAUGCACAAAACCUGCCGGCACAACGUCACCGGCACGAUCAUGGAAGGAGCUGUUCCCUGCGGGCCAGGCGGUUUCCAGUGCGACAACGUUGGGCCCGACUAUUACUGCAGCAAACAGUUCUGGGAGGGUCCGAAUUGGGGGAUCACGAACUUCGACAACUUCGGCUUGGCAAUGUUGACGGUCUUCCAGUGCGUGACGCUCGAGGGCUGGACGGAUGUGCUGUACAGCAUCGAAGACGCGAUGGGAAGCUCCUGGCAGUGGAUCUAUUUCAUUUCGAUGGUGAUACUCGGAGCCUUCUUCGUGAUGAACCUGAUUCUCGGUGUGCUGUCCGGAGAAUUCUCGAAAGAGAGAGAAAAGGCGAAAGCGAGGGGCGACUUCCACAAGCUAAGGGAGAAGCAGCAGAUCGAGGAGGAUCUAAGAGGGUACCUGGACUGGAUCACACAGGCUGAGGACAUCGAGCCGGUGACCGACGAGCCGAAGAUGCAGGACGGCGAAUCAAAGCAACAGAACGAGAUGGAGAGCACGGAUCAGCUGGAGGGCGACGACAAGGAAGUUAAGCAGGAUUCUGUCUGGAAGAACAAGAAACGGGACUUCGACAAAGUGAACAGAAGGAUGAGAAGGGCCUGCCGAAAAGCCGUGAAGUCGCAGGUGUUCUAUUGGCUGAUCAUAGUGCUGGUCUUCCUGAACACCGGGGUCCUGGCGACCGAGCACUACAAUCAACCUCGUUGGCUGGACGAAUUUCAAGAAAUCACGAACAUGUUCUUCAUCGCGCUGUUCUCCAUGGAGAUGAUGCUGAAGAUGUACAGUCUGGGAUGCGAGGGUUACUUCGUCUCCUUGUUCAAUCGCUUCGACUGUUUCGUCGUGAUCGGCUCGAUCACCGAGAUGAUCCUGACGAACACGCACGUGAUGCCGCCACUCGGCGUUUCCGUUCUACGCUGCGUCCGAUUGCUCAGGGUGUUCAAGGUGACCAAGUAUUGGAGAUCGCUGUCGAAUCUGGUGGCGUCCCUAUUGAACUCAAUCCAAUCGAUCGCGUCGCUGUUGCUUCUGCUCUUCCUCUUCAUCGUGAUCUUUGCCCUACUCGGCAUGCAGGUGUUCGGUGGAAAGUUCAACUUCAGCGAGCUGCAGGACAAGCCUCGUCACAAUUUCGACAGCUUCUGGCAGAGCCUCUUGACCGUCUUUCAGAUACUGACCGGCGAGGAUUGGAACGCCGUGAUGUAUGACGGGAUCAGAGCGUACGGAGGCGUCGCGAGUUUCGGCAUGCUCGCCUGUUUUUACUUCAUCAUCCUCUUCAUAUGCGGAAACUAUAUUCUACUGAACGUCUUCUUGGCUAUCGCCGUCGACAAUCUCGCGGACGCCGAGUCGUUAACUGCCAUCGAGAAGGAGGCCGAGGAGGAGGCCGAGAAGAACAAGUCGCACAGCGCCUCGCCGGCCAGAGACGAAAGCAGCGAGGAUCAAGGCGACGAUGGCGAAGGAACCGGUGGCGAGGACGAAGGCGGCGGGACUGACCUCGAACAGGACCCCAAUGAGACCAUGGAGGACUACGAGGCUGCCCUGGACACAGAAACGUCGGAGAAAAGCGAGGACAUGAACACUCACGCGAAAGUGCGGCUGAACAUCGAGUCCGACGAGGAGGUCGAGGAGGAGGAGGAGGUCGAGCCGAACGAAAUGCAGGACGACGGCACGGAUCAAGGAGUGUCAGCGAGGCCGCGCAGGAUGUCCGAGUUCAACAUGGCCACGAAAAUGCAGCCGAUACCACCUGGCUCCGCUUUCUUCAUCUUCUCGCAGAACAACAGGUUCCGAGUGUUCUGCCACUGGCUAUGCAAUCACAGUUACUUCGGCAACGUGAUCCUCGUGUGCAUCAUGAUAUCGUCGGCCAUGUUGGCUGCCGAGGACCCUCUGAGCGCAACGUCGUAUAGGAAUCAGAUAUUACAGAAUUUCGACUAUUUUUUCACCACAGUGUUUACGAUCGAGAUCUGGCUGAAGAUGAUCUCCUACGGUUUUAUCAUACACGACGGCGCGUUCUGCCGAUCGGCGUUUAAUCUGCUCGACCUGUUGGUCGUCUGCUCUUCUCUGAUUUCGAUGUCUUUCAGUUCCGGCGCGUUCUCCGUGGUGAAGGUCCUCCGAGUGUUGCGCGUGCUGAGGCCGCUGCGCGCCAUCAACCGUGCCAAGGGACUAAAGUACGUAGUGAAGUGUGUGAUUGUCGCCAUUAAAACGAUCGGCAACAUUAUGUUGGUCACCUAUCUCCUACAGUUCAUGUUCGCUGUUAUCGGGGUACAGCUGUUUAAGGGGAGAUUUUUCUAUUGUACCGACGCAUCGAAGAUGACGCAAGACGACUGCCAGGGCACAUACCUCGAGUUCGAGAACGGGAACAUCAACAAGCCGGUGAUGAAGGAGAGGAACUGGUGCCAGAACCGUUUCCAUUUCGACGACGUCGCGAAGGCGAUGCUGACGCUGUUCACCGUCUCGACGUUCGAGGGCUGGCCGUCAUUGCUAGACGUGUCGAUCGACUCUAACGAGGAGGAUCAUGGACCAAUUCAUAAUUUUCGGCCGAUAGUGGCCGCGUACUACAUCAUUUACAUCAUUAUCAUAGCAUUCUUCAUGGUGAACAUCUUCGUUGGUUUCGUUAUUGUCACUUUCCAGAACGAGGGUGAGCAAGAGUACAAAAACUGCGAGCUCGACAAGAAUCAGCGUAAUUGCAUCGAGUUCGCGUUAAAGGCGAAACCAGUGCGGCGUUACAUACCAAAGCAUCGAAUACAGUACAAAGUAUGGUGGUUCGUCACCUCCCAGCCGUUCGAGUACACCAUUUUCACUCUGAUCAUGAUCAACACGGUCACGCUCGCGAUGAAGUUCUACCGUCAGCCGGAGAUCUACACGGAGGCGUUGGACGUCCUGAACAUGAUCUUCACCGCGGUGUUCGCGCUCGAGUUCGUCUUCAAGCUCGCCGCGUUCCGGUUCAAGAAUUACUUCGGUGACGCGUGGAACGUGUUCGACUUCAUCAUCGUCCUCGGAAGUUUCAUCGACAUCGUUUACUCGGAAGUCAACCCCGGUUCAACCAUCAUUUCCAUCAACUUCUUCCGACUGUUCCGAGUGAUGCGACUGGUGAAGCUGCUCAGCAGAGGGGAAGGUAUCAGGACGCUUCUCUGGACCUUCAUCAAGUCUUUCCAAGCUCUGCCCUACGUAGCUCUACUCAUUAUAAUGCUAUUUUUUAUUUACGCUGUAAUAGGCAUGCAGGUGUUUGGGAAGAUUGCGAUCGACGACGAGACGUCGAUAAACCGCAACAACAACUUCCAAUCGUUCCCGCAAGCCGUGCUGGUCCUGUUCAGAUCAGCUACUGGUGAAGCUUGGCAAGAGAUCAUGAUGGACUGUUCCGCGCAGCCGGGAAAGGUCAAGUGUGACCCUAACAGCGACGAAGCGGGCAAUCUAAGUGGCUGUGGAUCCGAUAUCGCGAUUCCCUACUUUAUAUCUUUCUACGUUUUAUGCUCGUUCCUAAUCAUCAAUCUCUUCGUCGCCGUAAUCAUGGACAAUUUCGAUUACUUGACGAGGGAUUGGUCGAUCUUGGGUCCCCACCAUUUGGACGAGUUCAUUCGUCUUUGGUCCGAGUACGAUCCCGACGCUAAAGGUCGCAUCAAGCAUCUGGACGUUGUCACCCUCCUCAGAAAAAUAUCGCCGCCAUUGGGAUUUGGUAAACUCUGCCCGCAUCGUGUCGCGUGCAAAAGGCUGGUGUCGAUGAACAUGCCGCUGAACAGCGAUGGCACGGUCCUCUUCAACGCGACCUUGUUCGCCGUAGUGAGGACUUCGUUGAGAAUUAAGACCGAGGGAAACAUCGAUGACGCGAAUACCGAGCUCAGGGCGGUCAUCAAGAAGAUCUGGAAGAGGACCAGCCCAAAGCUUCUUGAUCAAGUGGUGCCGCCGCCAGGAGUGGACGACGAGGUGACCGUCGGCAAGUUCUACGCGACCUUCCUGAUCCAGGACUACUUCCGAAGGUUCAAGAAGCGCAAGGAACAGGAGAUGAAGGACGGCGACAAAGAGUGCCAUAACACGGUCACCCUCCAGGCAGGUCUGCGGACUUUACACGAAGCAGGGCCGGAGUUGAAGAGAGCCAUCUCUGGAAACCUGGAGGAGCUUCUCGACGAUAAUCCUCAGCCUAUGCACAGGAGAAAUCAUAGACUGUUCGGUAACGUCUGGCUGAGCAUGAAGAAGGGUCACCAUAGCUUUAACAGGGCGAGGUCGCUCAAAGUGAAUUCCACGAACAAGGCUUCCCCCACAAAUUCGAUCGAGUUCCUGCCGUACUGGUCCCUGCGCCGAGGAGCCGGGCACGAUACAUCCAAUCAAAUCACCGCGAGGUCUCAUCAGGUUGUGCCAAACGUAGCAGGUGGGCUGAGCGACAGCGCGAUGAACCAGAUGGGAAUGGACACGAAACCGACCGGCAUGGAGGAGAGCAUUCCUCUGCGACCGUUGGCCACCUUCGGAAAUCCCGUCCAGCAGCUAUCCUACCAUCAUCCGCCGUACAAAGUGAUCGAUCUUCAGGACGGAAUCGAGCGGCAGCUGACCCCACCGACGCCACCACCCCGAAGGAACCCACCCCAGUCCAUUGCCCCGAGCACCGGCAUUCUCCCGCACCCCGAGCAACACUCGUCCAGCAAGUCCGCCAGCGCCACGACGUCGAUCGUCACGUGCACGAGCACGAGCACGUCGAGCACGAACACGUCGACCGCCACGAGCAGCUCGAGCCUCGGCUCAUCCUCCAACGGGACGCGCUGUUACUAUUCCUUCGCGACAAGGGGAUGCUACGACGAAUAUGCCGUCUGGAGCAAUCACGCCAUAGAUCGGGACGACGGUGAUUCGUCGGCGGGAAGCGAGUUCAGCGCGUCUGGUGGGACCGGUGGGACCGGAAGCUCCGGCGACUCGAACGGUUGGACCAGCUCGAAGAAGCUGAAGCGACCAAGGCGGCGUGGAGGAUCAUUGAGGCAGGAGUCAUCCGCGGCGGUGUCUCGUUCCCGUGCUCGCGACCGACGCGAGCCUCCUCUGGCGGGGAAAUCGGCGCCGCCGAGCAUCCGGAGGCGGGCCGGGGGGGACAGGAGCGGCUGCGGCGGCGGUUGCGGCGCCGUUUGCGCCGGUGGUCAGUCGAGCAGCUCGGCCGCGUCCGCGCUGAACACCGACGCGAAGCGAACCGUCGCCAACGGCCUGAAACUCGCCCAGACGCAGGCGAUCGCUGUCGCCGGCUUGUUCGCCGACGUCGAGUCGCGGCAAUGCCGCGACUGCUCCACCUGCCUGCCUCAUCGGGCCUCGUACCACGGCAGAGUUUCCUGGCCCGGAGAGAGUAACGGAAGCAUCGGCGCAGAGCGCCUCUCCCACAGCCUUCCCGGAAGCCCCGCGGAUCGGAAGCCGAACUUCGAGGUGAUCGGAAGCGCGGAGAGUCUCGUCGGUCGGGUGCUCGUGGAGCAAGGUCUGGGCAAGUACUGCGACCCGGACUUCGUGAGGUACACGUCGAGGGAGAUGCAGGAAGCGUUGGACAUGACGCCGGAAGAGAUGGACCGAGCGGCUCACCAGCUGCUCCUGCAGGAGCGACGGGGUCAGUCGUUGACAUACCAGCUGCAGCAGGCGACAGGCGACCCUCAAUGGACGCCGCCUUAUCAGCCUGUAGGUCAGCAGCCUUCAGGCAUCGGGUACCAGCCUUUGCAGGAGCAACAACCGGCCGGUCCGCGACAGUACCAGUACUAUCGCGGACAAGCGCCUGGUCCGCAUCCACCCCCGCAACAGCAACCGCCGCCCUCUUAGCGAUGCGACGAUCCUCCUGCCGGUUCUUUUUCUAGCUCCGACGUGUAGCGAAGAAACGACAGGAGGCGACGAAUGAAAGGUAGUCAGUCCAGUCAGUCACAGGUCCCUGGGAUCUAUGGUCGCAACGUCCAACGUCCGUUUCCGCUUCCCUCGGAACGCCCGGGAAGCGUGUAGGACAGCGAAGAAGCCCUCGGGCGAAAAUCGUCGGCGAGCCUUCGACGAAGAGAAGAACUCCGAUGCGCGGAACAAGAGAACGAUGGGUUUUGACGCAAGCAAUAAAGCAACGAGAGCAACGA